AAUGCAUCGAGCGUUUCAACACGAUUUGUAUCGAAUGAGACUCAUUACAGCAAGAGCUUAUGUUAAAGCUCUAACUUCAAGCCUCAAUCCAGUAUCAUAUAAUGCCAGUGACCUUCUCAGACUUUCUGCUCAGGUACAAGGAUUAGGACCUAUGUUUCGCCUCAGAUUAGAAUUACAAAACACCUCAAAUAGCAAACCGUCCAUUAAUCUGUACUUAAUAUUUAAAUGUGAUGUUCGUAUUUAUAAAAUUGAGAAAACUUAUAUCCCGGUUCCUCUUUUGGCACCUGGAUUAUGCUAUUCAUUUGCAACGUCAGUAGAAUGUAGCAGUGAGAUGAAUAUUUCUGAUAUAAUUAAAGUAUUUGUUGUGAAACAAGGUAAAAAUGCUCCUUUGAUAACGGCUAUUAUUAAUAUGCCUGUCAGUGAAGGAAUAAAUCCAAUGUGAUGUAUUCAUAUUUUUUUAAUCAUGGAUAUAAGCACACUUUUUGCACAUAUGUACAAUUUGUAAAUAUUGAAUCAUUUGUAGUCUUAUACAAUAAUUAAGAAUUAUUUUUUAACACAUUGUACUAAAUAUAAAGCAUGUUUGUUACACAAAUAUUUUUUCUAUGAUGCUGUGUCAGUCCGAAACCAUACAUUGGAUUGAUGGGAAAUUAAAACCAAAACCUGUCAAAAUCAAAAUUAAGUUAAAUGUUUUAUUUGAAUUAUUAUAAUUACUUCAUCAUCAGUUACACAGUGUGAGUUAUUGUUAAUAGAAUAUUUGUGCCAUCUGAUGGAAAUCAACAGUGUAAAUUAAACUGUUAUAAAAAUAAAAA